AUAAAGACUUCAUUUUUUGAUUGGCCAAUCAGAUAAUUCGAACAAUUUGUAACACCAAUGGAGUGUGCAUCCUUAAUAUAAUCAUGUUAUUAAUGAUAUAUCUUGUGGAACCGAUUGUGACUUGUGACCAAUUGCGAAGAGAUCUGCUCAAAAAUCUGAAGUCACUCGAUACGCCACGGAUCAUCCAUAAGUCGAUGUUUGAUUAGAUUAAAUUGCAGGAUUCUCUUGGACUAAUGGAAGAAUUAGGUAUUAUUUUGCCCGAUAAGGAUGUGGCUGAAAUCGAUUGUAAGCCUGUUGUUGGUCAUUACACAGGAGCUGGAGACGAGUUGGAUGUCGAAGAUCUUUAUACCAAAUAUAAGAAAUUGCAAAGAAUGCUAGAAUUUCUCGAGGUACAAGAAGAAUAUAUCAAGGAUGAGCAACGUAAUCUAAAAAAAGAAUACCUGCAUGCGCAAGAAGAAGUUAAACGUAUUCAAAGUGUACCUUUGGUCAUUGGACAAUUUCUCGAAGCUGUUGAUCAGAAUACUGGCAUAGUGGGUUCUACAACAGGCUCAAAUUAUUAUGUACGAAUUUUAUCCACUAUAGACAGAGAACUUUUAAAGCCUUCCGCUAGUGUAGCGCUUCAUAAGCAUAGCAAUGCUUUAGUUGAUGUAUUACCACCAGAAGCUGAUUCCAGCAUUUCGAUGUUACAAGCAGAUGAGAAGCCAGAUAUUCAAUACAGUGAUAUAGGCGGGAUGGAUAUGCAGAAGCAAGAGAUCAGAGAAGCAGUAGAAUUGCCUCUUACUCAUUUUGAAUUGUAUAAACAAAUCGGUAUUGACCCACCACGAGGUGUACUUAUGUAUGGACCACCCGGUUGUGGAAAAACUAUGUUGGCAAAAGCAGUUGCUAGACAUACUACUGCUGCUUUCAUUCGUGUAGUGGGUUCUGAAUUUGUGCAAAAGUAUUUGGGCGAAGGACCAAGAAUGGUGCGAGAUGUGUUCCGUUUGGCUAAAGAAAACUCACCAGCCAUAAUAUUCGUUGAUGAAAUAGAUGCUAUUGCUACAAAAAGAUUUGAUGCUCAAACUGGAGCAGAUCGUGAAGUGCAACGUAUUCUCCUGGAAUUAUUGAAUCAAAUGGAUGGUUUUGAUCAAACAACCAAUGUUAAAGUUAUUAUGGCAACAAACAGAGCGGACACACUAGAUCCCGCAUUGCUUCGUCCUGGUAGAUUGGACCGCAAGAUUGAAUUUCCGCUACCCGAUCGUCGUCAGAAACGUUUAAUCUUCUCUACGAUUACCGCGAAAAUGAAUUUGAGCGAAGAAGUGGAUCUUGAGGAUUAUGUAGCACGACCAGACAGAAUUUCUGGUGCUGAUAUUAAUGCUAUCUGUCAAGAGGCAGGAAUGCACGCGGUCCGUGAAAAUCGUUAUAUAGUUUUAGCAAAAGAUUUUGAAAAGGGUUAUAAAAACAAUAUUAAGAAAGACGAGUCCGAGCACGAAUUCUACAAGUAAACUUGAUAAUAUUCCGUAUUCUCGAUUAUAUAUCUUACGAUAUACAUAUAUUACUAUACAUGCGCAUGAUAAAUAUAGGCAUUAUUAUAAGAUUAAAUUAAUGAAUGCAAUUAUUGCAUCAAAUGUUGCUUCUCUGCCCAUUGUCUUUGUUGCUUGGAUACUUUAAUCAUUUAUCAUAUAUAAUAAUCAAGUAUUAUAUCUUUGAUUCCUUUUAUUAUAUUUAUCCCUUAUAAGUAAAUUGUAAUCCAAUAAAGAUUAAAAAAACUCUUCUUUUUA